GGGAGAAGCAGGAACAGUCAGGACUGGAAUCUAGCUCUGUUCCAAAGGCAGCUCUUAAUUACCAACAUGCGGGUGAGGGUGGCGUGUUUCUGGCCCUCAUUUUUCGGGAGGGGGUAACUCCCCCCAUUUUGGCCCCCACAUCCCUGAGAACCUUGGGGUCUGGCUGUAGGAGGUGGGGGAGCUCUGGGGGGUCUGCGCUGGCUAGUUCCUGAGAUCGUUAAAAGUAGAUUCUCCUUUCGCUCCAACCUUCCCGGUGUCUCACACACUCCUGCCUUCUCUUGGGCCCACUGGGCCCACCGCCACCCAACCCGUGGACCCCCGAAGGCUCGCCAGCUCUCCAGGAUGGGAAUUUCGUGACGUUCCCUGCCUGAGCUUCGGGGAGGGCGGGGGAGUGCUGUAAGGGGCUAUCGCGCAAGUGCAGACCCUCUGCUUCUGCCGCAAACGGCGGGCCUCACCUAGACCCGGGGACUCGCCGACGAGGGGCGCUAGCCUGGCCCCACUGGGCGAAUCCCCGCGUCCGUACCCGUUCCGUCGCUCAGUUCCACGACUCGCUCCCCUGCCGCCCCGCCUGUUCGCGGGUGGGUGGGCGCUUCCCUUGGCUCCCCGUGACACUUUGCAGACGCUCCCCGGCGCCGGGCAUGGGCGCCGCCGCCGUCGGUCCCCGAGUCGGAUUCCGCGCGCGGUGCCCCUGAGGCCCUCGGCUGCUGGGGUCCGCAGGAAGCCACGCCAUGAAUGACCGGAGCAGCCGGAGGCGGACAAUGAAGGACGAUGAGACCUUCGAGAUCUCCAUCCCCUUCGACGAGGCGCCCCACCUAGACUCACAGAUCUUUUACAGUCUGAGUCCCUCUCGGGGAAACUUCGAGGAGCCUCCGGAGGCUGCGUCCCCCGCCCUGGCUUUGAUGAACAGCGUCAAGGCCCAGCUGCACAUGGCUCUGGAGAGGAACUCCUGGCUGCAGAAGCGCAUCGAGGACCUGGAGGAAGAGAGGGAUUUCCUGCGGUGCCAGCUGGACAAAUUCAUCUCUUCUGCUCGGAUGGAGGCAGAGGACCACUGCCGGAUGAAGCCUGGGCCCAGGCGGAUGGAGGGGGACAGCCGGGGUGGGGCUGGGGGCGAGGCCUCGGACCCUGAGUCAGCAGCCUCCUCCCUCAGUGGAGCCUCCGAAGAAGGCAGCGCCAGCGAGAGGAGGCGGCAGAAGCAGAAGGGAGGUGCUAGUCGGAGGCGCUUUGGGAAGCCCAAGGCCCGGGAGAGGCAGCGAGUGAAGGACGCCGACGGGGUCCUCUGCCGGUACAAGAAGAUCCUGGGCACCUUCCAGAAGCUCAAGAGCAUGUCGCGGGCCUUCGAGCACCACCGCGUGGACAGGAACACCGUGGCGCUGACCACGCCCAUCGCCGAGCUGCUCAUUGUGGCCCCCGAGAAGCUGGCCGAGGUGGGCGAGUUCGACCCCUCCAAGGAGCGCCUGCUCGAGUACUCCCGUCGCUGCUUUCUGGCCCUGGACGACGAGACGCUCAAGAAAGUGCAGGCGCUCAAGAAGAGCAAGCUGCUGCUGCCCAUCACCUACCGCUUCAAGCGGUGAUCGCACCACGCCUCCGCGCCUCCGCCCGGGCCUUCCUCCCCCGCCGAUCCCGGCCCUCCCCAGGCCCCCGGUGGAUGACCUGCGCCUCUCCCUGCCGCGCCCCUGCCCCUCCUCCUCGCUCCCUGGGUUGGGGGCUCCCUUAGCCGGGCCCCCAAGCGCGACGGCCCAGGGCCGGCCGCAGCCCCUUCCCGAACGCCGGCAUCCCCUUCCACUUGGGCUGCCCAGCCCUGUCCUCGCCGGACCCCUUCCUCCUGGAAAUCAACCAGGCAGGAGGGUGCCGCCCCCCUCUCGGGUGGGGGACUGUAUAGACACCGUCUCCGCCCCGGCCCCGCGGAGGAGCUGCCCACCUGAUUCCCGGACAGACCUCCCCAACUCCGCGCGAGACAGAGAAUUAUUCAGAGAAUUUAAAUUAAAAAACGACGUGAAAAUUUGGAAUAAA